AUGAACAGUGUGUCCACGAAUUUUGAGAAGCAAUUCGUUGCUUUUAACGAUGAAGAUGAAUUGAGCAAUUGGAUCAAAAAGCAAGCAGAGCCUGCAGCAGGAAUAAUUUUUGGGACUUCAGCCUCAUCUCCACCAAACCAUCUCCAAUACACAAUCAGAAUGCCCAAUGACAUCUCAAUGGACAGGAAGUGGAACACAGACAAGAUUUAUCAUCACCAAGUAACAACAGAGCCAAGAUAUGAAGAUCUUAAAGAUCCAAAAGCUGCUCUUUAUUAUUCGACAUGCUUCGUCAAGCUUCAAAAUGAAAUUGAUCAUGCAUUCAUCCAGGAACUUGGCAAAGGUCAAGAAAUUGAAAAAUUAGAAAGGUUGAAGACAUUUCCAAUUUUAAGAGUGAUGCUUGAUAGGUUUGAGGCUGUGGCUGUCUAUAUCCUACCGAUGUUGAUGGUAUUUUGUGUGAUUUACUCAAAGGAGGUGCUGAUUAAGAACAUAACAAUCGAACGGGAGUCACGUCUAACAGAAUCAAUGAAAAUAAUGGGAUUGUCGAGUGCUUUAUACUGGUCAUCAUGGUUCAUGCGUAGCUUCAUCAUUCUCAUCAUUUCCUUCACAAUCAACCUCAUCUUGACAGUCACAAGCAUCAUUUCGGAUAUUCCAAUGUUUGCCAACAGCAAUCCACUCAUCAUUUGGCUCCUUUUCAUCUCAUACAUCACAUCCAUGAUAACAUUCUGCUUCCUUGUCAGUGUCAUCUUUAAGAAACCUUCAAUAGCCAAUAGUGUUGGUUCUGUGACUUUCUUGGCAGCUAUUGCUCCUUAUGUGAUUUAUCAUGAAGAUUUUUAUAAGUACAGUUAUGGAUUGAAGAUGUUGUUCAGCAUGUUGAUUAAUACAAAUAUGGGAUUAGGCAUCAAAAUGAUUAUUGUGGCUGAAAAUGGAUACGGUGGAGUUGGAUUUGGAAAUGUCUUUACUCGACCUGCUGAGUUUGAGUUUUCGUUUGGUGAAUUGGUGAUUUGGAUGAAUAUUGGAAGUGCUUUGAUCAUGUUGCUGACUAUUUACAUCGAGAAUACUUUUCCAGGCAAAGUUGGAGUCGCUAAGUCUUGGCAUUAUCCAAUCAGUGGAAUCAUCAAGUUGUUCAUAAGUGACAGAGAUGUCCGACAGUCAGAAACAAGCUCAAAAUAUGUCCAUUUCGAGAAAUAUGACAAGGAAGACGAACCUGAAAACCUUAUGCAUGGAAUAGAGAUCAAAAGUUUGAGUAAAAGAUUCAGGCAGACUUAUGCAGUCAAGAAGCUGUCGCUGAACCUCUACGAGGAUCAAAUAACAGUUCUUUUAGGUCACAAUGGUGCUGGCAAGACAACAGCAAUGUCAAUGCUGACUGGACUUUAUCAGCCGACAUCAGGAACAGCAUUCAUUAAUGGAUAUGACAUCAGAACUGAUAUAGAUAAAGUUAGAAAUUGCCUUGGAAUCUGUCCUCAGUAUAAUGUGCUGUUUGAGGAACUGACAGUCGAAGAGCAUUUAAAGUUCUUUUGUAAAUUGAAAGGAAUUAAGGAUGUUAAGGACAUCAAUCAUGAAGUCAUUAAAUACUCAAAAAUGCUUGGGAUAUACGAGAAACUGACAAGUCAAAGCAAGACACUAAGUGGUGGACAGAAGAGAAGACUGUCAGUGGCUAUAGCACUUUGUGGGAAUUCAAAGUUUGUCAUUUUGGAUGAACCGACAUCAGGCAUGGAUCCAACAUCUCGUCGUCAGUUAUGGGACUUGCUGAUUGCUGAGAAGAAGAAUCGAACAAUUUUAAUAACAACUCAUUUUAUGGAUGAAGCUGAUGUCCUUGGUGACCGAAUAGCAAUCAUGUCUGAAGGUCAAUUGAGAACAGUCGGUUCCUCAUUCUUUCUUAAGAAGACAUUCGGAACUGGAUAUAGAUUGACUUUUGUUAAAAUGGAUGACUUUGAAUCUCAAGCUGUAUUGGAUGUGAUCCAAAAAUAUGCACCAGAUGCUUAUGUAGAGCAUGACGGAGAAACUGAAGCUGUCAUUGCAAUUUCUGAGGAAAGACUGCCGAUUUUUGAUAAGAUCUUUAAAAAUAUUGAGGACAAUGUGACAAAACUGAAGAUUUCAAGUUUUGGUUGCAGCUUCACGACACUUGAGGAUGUGUUCCUCAAACUUUCUUACGCCGGUCCACAAGAAGUCAGUAAAAGAAGCGACCUGUCAAUAACAAUCGAGAAUCCUGAAAAGUUUCAAAAAGUCAAAAGUGUAGCUGCAAUUUUUAACCAAAUCUAUGCGAUGUUCUACAAGAAAUUUCACAUAUUCAGGAGGAAUUGGAGGUUCUUUCUGGUUCUCAUUCUUUUGUCAUGCCUGAAUAUCUUCAUAUUGCCCUACAAGCACAAGAACCCGCCUAGUCAAAAUGCAUUGAUGAUAUCCUUUAAUUUAUAUAAAGACACUGAGUCAAUGGACCCAAGUGAGCAUCUAUUCGGACCGGGUGAUGAGGAGGAACAAGACAUCCUCAGACAUUUUGACAAACUAUUCACCGGUAAAGACAGAAUUGUCAGAAUAUCCACAGACAUGGAAGCUGAAAUCCUCAAAAAAUACAAAAAUUCUCAAGUCAAAACUAAUCAGGAGAACCUCAUAGCUGCAACUGUCAAGAAUGACGACAUAGUUGCUUGGUACAACACUCAGCCUUACCACACAAUGCCAUUGGCAGUCAACACAAUUAAUCGAGCAAUUUUGAAGUCUGUAACUGGUUCUGACUAUGAGAUUUCAGUGACUAAUAAGCCUUAUGAAGUCACAAAUUUCCAAAAUAAAUCCUCAAAUGACAUCGGAAGUGCAUUGACUAAUUUCAUUAAAUCUUUCAUGUCUGUCAUGCUGCUUAUGUUAAUCUGGCCAAUGUUCUUCAUUGGAACUUGCAUCAAGGAACGAGAAAUCAGGUUCAAGUUCCUUCAAUUCAUUUGCGGCACUAACCGACUCAUCUUUUGGUUCACAAGCUUGAUCUUUGACUACAUUUUGUUCAUCAUCAUCUGCUCGACAUUCUUUGGCGCUAUGGUGCUGACUUUUCAUGAAAAAGUGGAUCAAACUGAAGAUUUUACAGCACUGAUGGUUGUUGGAGCUUCUUAUGGAUUCUCGUGGAUAUGCUUCAUCUAUUUGUUUGCGUAUUUGUUCAGCAAGCCAUCGAUGGGAGAGACAAUGUUGCAGUUUGUGACGAUUAUUUUCUAUGUCUUAGCUGUUCUUGAUACAAUCUUUGAAGCUAAGCUGGAGAAGUCUAAGUUCAGAUUUCUUUACAUCAUUGUAUCCAAGAUUGCAACUAUGUUUGCGCCAUAUAAUCUUGUGAAGAUGAGCAAAUGGAUGUAUUUAGACCCUAAACCAAUCGAUUACACCGAAAUCAACAAAUACAUCACUAUUAACAUUGCAUCAGGACUCCUGUACCUUCUAAUUGUCUCUCUUAACGACCACAACUUCUUUAAUCUUCUUUACUACAAGCUUCAUAAAUCAUCAAUUCAAAAUCAACGCAGAUCUUCUACACAAAGUCUCGAUGAAGAUGUUAGAUAUGAAAAUAUGCUUGUUAAUAAAAUGAGCAUGAAGAACAUUAAUGCAUCGAAUCUAGUGAUUAAGAAUGUGACUAAGAAUUUUAAUAAAACCACAGCUGUUAAUCAAUUGUCAUUGCAUGUCAAGCAGCAUGAAUGCUUUGGUCUACUUGGUGUCAAUGGAGCUGGAAAGACAACAACAUUCAAAAUGAUGACUGGAGAUGAGCUGAUUACUUCUGGUGACAUUUGGAUUAAAGGGAAGUGCCUGAAAACUCAACUACUUGAAGCUCAUCAGUUCAUCGGUUACUGUCCACAAUUUGACAAUUGCAUUCCUGAACUGACUGGACGUGAAACUUUGAAGAUCUUUGCACUGAUCCGUGGCAUCAAAAUGGAUGAAAUUACAGAAAUGAUCAACCAAAUAGCAAGUGAACUUGACUUUAAACAACAUUUGGACAAGCAAGUUAAAGCUUACAGCGGUGGAAAUAAAAGAAAACUGUCGACUGCCUUAGCACUGCUUGGAAAUCCAGAAUUGAUCUUCUUGGAUGAAUGCACAACAGGAGUCGAUCCACAAGCUCGUCGUCAAAUUUGGAAUGCAAUCAAGCGAAUCCGUGACAAUCAUCGACUUUCAUCCUCAAUUGUAAUCACAUCUCAUUCCAUGGACGAAUGUGAAGCUUUGUGUACAAGAAUUGGCAUCAUGGUUGCCGGUCAGUUCCAAUGUCUUGGUCCAGUUCAACAUUUAAAGAAUAAAUUCUCAAAAGGCUCCAUCUUGACAAUCAAAACUGGAUUUACUGAUGAAAAUUUGACUGAAAAAGUCAAGCAACGAAUUGUUGAGAAAUUCAGAAGUGCGGAACUGAAAGAAAAUUAUUUGGACAUUCUUACUUAUCAUUUAAAGAACAUUGAUUUGAAAUAUUCAGAAGUAUUCAGGAAGUUGGCACAGAUUAAGAAUGAAAUGGGAAUCAAGGACUACGCAUUGACACAAAUGUCACUUGAGCAAGUUUUCUUGAACAUCAGUCAAGAAGAAUAA